AUGCCUGACUCCUUAAAAUAUUCAACUCCAUCCCUCUACGCAGAUGACACAGAAAUUUAUCUAUCCUCUAAAGAUUGUGAUGACAUUGUUAUUAAAAUAAACCUUGAUCUUGAAAAUAUUCGAAAAUGGAUGCAACAAAAUAAGCUCCAAAUUCAUCCGACAAAAUCGAAAUAUAUGUUUAUUGGAUCAGCGUAUAAUAUUAAACAUAAG